AUGAUUGUGACGUCAAGGAAGACCACAUCACAUACGAAAAAAAAGGCAAAAUCACUGAAAAAUACUCAAGAUCCAAAGUCUUUGAAGAAUAUAACGACAUGGCGAACCUACACUGGUUUGGUGCUUACUUUUGUUACCUGUAUUGAUACUAUUGUUACGGUUUCAUCACUUCCUGUUAUCUCAUCCCAUAUUGAUGCUGUUCCACUCUCUCUCAGUACAAUGUUGCUGGGUCAAUCUCUGUUUUAUUUUUUCCAGUUGUACAGCACCUUUGUGGCCGAGCGUUUUGCCAGGUUUUCUAACGGAAUGACUGCGUAUGCAAUGACACUUGCUGCCACAUCCAUGAGUACUCUUGUUAUGGCAACUGCUCUUCGUGAGGGGUCUAUUUUUCUCUUUAUUUUGACACGUCUUUUGAAUGGUUUGUUUCGCCACACCAUUUUACUUGGAGCGUUUGCUUUCCAUGAACUUCCAGCUACAUGUAAAAGUUACGACAUGAAGAAAUUCACUACAUUUAGUCUUAUUAUUGCUGUGCUGCUCGGUGGAUUCCUUGGUGACUAUGGUCCUGGUCCAGCUUCGACAGUUGACAUUCUGGCCGCCGUAGAGUUUUGUACAGCUAUUGUUGUUGGGGUUUUGUCCUUAACACUUGUGCGUAAACCGAAGGUUUUUCCUGCUGUUCAAACUGUAGGGGCAUACAAGGAGUGGUUAUUUAAACAAUCUUACAGAGAUUGUAUUGUUUUUAUUCCACUUUGUCUGACUCUAUUUUGUGCUUCAAUGGGUCAGUGCUUGUACCCUUUUAUUGACCGACGCGGAUUUCACUUAAGAUAUAGCAUAAUUGGUAUCCAUAUGGCUAUUGUCUUUUUCAUUCAGACUACCGUAGCCCCUUUAUUUCUGGAAAGAUACAGUGGAAAGAACCGACUACUGAUAUACAUCUCAGCAGUGCUUCUUGCAUUUGUUUCCUGGGUUAGCAACCUUAUAUCUGAUAAUGGUAUUGGUUUUUACUUGAUUGUAACGUUACUAUGUACCGAUCUCUCUGCCUCUCUAUUGGAAUUUUCGUUUACUGCAACGGCUUUAAAUUCUUUUCGACCAUCUGAAAGAGUAUUUGCACAGAAACUUGCUCGUCAUAUCAAGCAAACAAUAAAACAAUGGUCUCCAGUGGUGCUUAUCAGUUCCGAACAAAUAUUUGCUGAGCGGAAAGAUGGUACACGUAUCGCUAUGUUUCCUCUUGCAUUUGGGAUAGUGGUGUUUGCUUUGACGAAUAGAAUUUCUCUAUCCCUCAUCGCUACCAUUGUCAUUUGUGUUGUGCUUGUAAGCUCCCCUCCAGUAGAUGAUGCAAAGAUGUGGAGUGAUACAAUAAUAACUAUUCAAUCAAUAUUGAGAUUUCCUUUAACAGGAAAUUUUGGGUUUGCAUCUUAA